GCGAUCCCCAAAGGGAUGAGAUCUUUGAUCACUCUUAGUGUACCUAGCCGUUGUUCAUCUAAGAUUCCCCUUAAGGAUGGAGAGGUUCUCAUUACUCCAGUCAUUGAAUGCUCUUUCACUCAAGAACUUAUCAAACCUGCCACUGUAGCUCUUCCACACUGCAUCCAUCCGGUACAACAUCAAGAUGACUUACGUGUUAGCCUUUACACCAAGUUAGGACCAGGUACAUUUGGUUACAGGAGCUUACUUCCAAAUACAUCAAGAGAUUUCGAUAUCUCAGAGGACAUCGUUGGUUUCCCUACGCGUCAUCUUCAACUCUGGGCUUUGUCAUCAAGCAACGUUCAUGGAGUUCAAUUCACCUGCGAAGUUUUUCAGCCGCUUUUCAUGCUUCCUUCACAGAAAUCUACACUGCGUAUUCGCAUAGCUCAUCCUUCCCACAGAUAUCAUGCCUCGAAUUCCAUCUAG